GGUCGUCCAAUUUCAGUUCAGUUAUUUUUUAUUCCUGAUAACCGAAAGAGUUUCGGUUGCCAGUUAAACGGUUCACAAAUUUUAUGGGGGUAGAUUUUUUUAAGUGUUUACGGUUCCACGGUUGGAAUGGAAAAGAUAAGCGCUGCUUCUAAGUUAUACACAAACUAAACCGGAGUACAGUUGGAUUAAGUUGCCGUUAAGUUGUUAUUCAAACAACGACGGUAGUGAGAUAAGUGAGAAAGACUAUAAAGUUUCGAGUGUUUCACGUCGGACGUAGAAGAAGCUCUCAGCGGAAGUGCAACCGGGCGAUAAGAGAAGAAACCCUGCGGAACUGAAGCCAGCCCCAGGAGGUGUUGCAAGGGGCAUCAGUAGACUAAUCGCUGACAAGGUGUUUGUAAACUCUCGGCAACACCGUUUGACAUCGAUUGACCGCAACUUUUCCAGCACUAUUUGUUCGCCGGCGUUCAUCGAAGUACUCGCUAAGAUGACUGUGGAAUGCAUUGAAGAUUUGUUUCCAACCUAAUCCUGACCGGAAGUGACGUUAACUUGAGUGGGGGGAUUUUGAGAAAGGGAAACCGGUGUGCGGUGGGAAGCUGGUUUCCCGAAAGAUUGUUAGUUUUGUUUUUGUUUUGUCCCUCCGAUUAGUCCGAGGAUAUACUUUUGUGGGUGGAUUUGUGUGAUCCAGAGGCUAGAGGAAGAAAGAGGAUUUUGGAGACGGAACGUUUAAGCAAAAAUAAGUGACCAAAGCAUGGAUAGCGAGUUCACGGAGUUCUUUAAUCAAACCUGGAGCAAUAAGUUUCAAGCCGCCAAUCGAGCUGGUCUCAACGGAAAUGGAGAUGGCAGUGGAGGAAGUGGAGGAUCCGGAAGUGGGCUUGGAAUAUUUGGAGCUGCUACGGCCGCAGCAAUGGCUGUUGCUCCGAAGCUUUCGGCGAGAUUAACCCAACCACAGACGCUCAACCAACAGUCUACGUCUAAUCAAAUGAUGGGCUGUAGUGGUUCCGGAUCUGGCAGUAAUUCGCUCCGUAAUGAAAACAUUUUGGCGGAUACUAGACUCUUCCUUAACGAGAUUGCCAACAGCCACAAAAGCCAGCACCAAAUGCAACCACAACAACAACAACAACAUAAUCAAAACAAUAGUAGAAACCUAUUUACAUCAAGCACUGCAACCACAGGCUUAGCAGCUACAGCAACGACUGAUUUACGUGAUACAAAUUUAGGGCCUUUAAGAAAUACCACUAGCAGUAACAUUAGUAGUAACAUUAGCAGUAACAACACUAGCAGUAACGGAAACAAUACCAGUAGCAGUAGUAACACUAGCAGUAGCAUCAUCAACAACAACAACAACAACAACAAUAGUCAUAGCUUUAAUCGUGAUACCAGAGAGUUUCCCAAACUAAGCCAUAGACUGAUGCAACCACUGAACGAUUCCUCCUCCUCCAACAAUAACAAUAAUAACAACAACAGCACCCAACAAACCUCACGCCACCAACAACAGCAACAAUCUAGCAACAGCAACACCACCAGCAACAUGCUGAGCCAGCAGGAUUUCAACGCGUUCUGCUCUUCGCUAACGGCUGCAGCUGCCGCGGCAUCCGCUGCAACGGCAGAUCUUGUGGACAGUACGACACCUCCUCCAUCAUCGGUUUCGGCAACUUCCGGUUCAUCCUCGCUAAACACCGGAAAUCUUCUUGCUGCUGCGGCGGCUGCGGCUGCUGCUGCUGCAGCCGCAAAUGGAUCCAAUGCUGGAGAUUUGGGAGCCGCCGAUUUGCUCGGUUUGGCUGCUGCCGGUGCCCACGGACACGACAAAAAGACUCCCAACUCGAUAAGGGCACAAAUCGAGAUCAUCCCAUGCAAGGUGUGCGGAGACAAAUCGUCCGGCGUGCAUUACGGCGUGAUCACCUGCGAGGGCUGCAAGGGUUUCUUCCGGCGGUCUCAGAGCUCGGUCGUCAACUACCAGUGCCCCCGGAACAAACAGUGCGUCGUCGAUCGGGUCAACCGGAACCGGUGUCAGUACUGUCGACUGCAAAAGUGCCUGAAACUGGGAAUGAGCCGCGAUGCCGUCAAGUUCGGGCGAAUGUCCAAAAAGCAGCGAGAGAAGGUGGAGGACGAGGUACGGUACCAUCGAGCGCAGAUGCGAGCCCAAAGCGAUGCCGCCCCGGACAGUUCCGUAUUCGACAAUCAGACGCCCUCGAGUAGUGACCAGCUGCAUCACGGUUACAACGGGUACGCGUACAACAAUGAAGUCGGCUACGGGAGUCCUUACGGCUAUUCGACGUCGGUUACACCUCAACAAACCAUGGGCUACGACAUCUCGGCGGAUUACGUGGACAGUACGACAACUUAUGAGCCUAGAAGUACGAUAAUAGACUCAGAUUUCAUAAGUGGACACAACAAGGACAGCUCACCGACCAACCAUCGAGCAAUAACGCUGAACGAUAUUCGUCUAGCGCGGGUCCAGCAAACCUCGGCAGCGACCACAACGGCCAACGGAAGUGGCCAGCAGCAGCAGCAGUUGAACCCAAAUCAGACAGCAAUAACUUCACUCCCCAAUCCCCAAACCACCGGAAGCAACAACAAUAACAACAACAACAGCACAAAUAGUACAAUUAUCACGAUCAAACAGGAACAGCUUACCAGUGUGGACAACAUAGUGGGAAGUUUCGUCGAUUCGACGACCUUCCUGCCAUCGCCAACGAGCCAACAACAGCAGGGUCAGCAACAGCAACAGCAGAUGGUUGGACCCAACGCCAUGGUUCAGUCGGCGAAUACCGGUACGAAUAAUGGACCCCUUAUGGGCCAAACUGUAGUGUCUGGAUCAGAAGUAACAGGUAACAACCUAAGGCGAAGCGACUGCUGCCAGCAGAACCCGGUGUCGACGGUUGGCAGUAAUGUCGGCGGUGGCCAUGCCGGGGUAGAUCCGGGCCAACCGGUUCCGGUUGCGCAUCCACAUACGCACCCAGCUGCACCGCAAUCGGUGGCACCCCAACAACCACAACAGCAACCGAUCGUCAGCCAGAACACACCGGUUUCCUUUGGCGGUGAGGACGAUAGUUCCUGCGAUUCGCACACCAAAUGGGCGGAAGGUGAUAUCAACGACGUGUUGAUCAAAACCUUGGCGGAAGCGCAUGCAAAUACCAACCACAAGCUGGACAUUGUGCAUGAAAUGUUCCGGAAGCCACAGGACGUCUCCCGCAUUCUGUAUUACAAAAACAUGAGCCAAGAGGAGCUUUGGCUCGACUGUGCAGAGAAGCUGACCGCCAUGAUUCAGCAGAUUAUCGAAUUUGCCAAGCUGAUACCGGGCUUCAUGCGGUUAAGUCAAGACGAUCAGAUUCUCCUGCUCAAGACCGGCUCGUUCGAGUUGGCAAUCGUGCGCAUGUCUCGACUGAUGGAUCUCUCCACCAAUGCGGUGCUCUACGGGGACAUUAUGCUGCCGCAGGAAAUGUUCUACACCUCGGAUUCGUUCGAGAUGAAGCUGGUCGCGUGUAUAUUCGAGACGGCCAAGAGUAUCGCGGAGCUGAAGCUCACGGAAACGGAGCUAGCGCUGUACCAAAGUCUGGUGCUCCUGUGGCCUGAACGAAACGGAGUCCGGGGUAACACGGAAAUCCAGCGAUUGUUCGAAAUGAGUAUGUCCGCCAUACGACAGGAAAUCGAAGCCAACCACGCCCCGCUCAAGGGCGACGUGACGGUGCUCGAAAUCCUGCUGAACAAAAUCCCAACCUUCCGUGAACUCUCCAUCAUGCACAUGGAAGCGUUACAAAAGUUCAAACAAGACCACCCGCAGUACGUGUUCCCAGCGUUAUACAAAGAGCUCUUCACGAUCGACUCGCAGCAGGAUCUGAUGACAUAACAGGAUAGUCCGCAGGAUCCGCAGCAGCACCAGCUCUCAGUGUCCCCAGCGUCGCUGGAGCCGUGCAACGAUUCAAAUCCGCAACAACUUCCGGUGCCUCCGGUUUCGCCUCCAGUAGUAGCAGCCACCACAAGCAGCAGCAGCACCAUCAGCUAUAAUCAACAUCAUCAGCAAGAACACGAAUCCCAUAAUCAACCAACGCAUUCAGAGCAAUAUCUACGGGGUUUGUCGGCACCUGACCAGCAUCGUAGGGCACCUCCCCCGGCAACGGUUCAGGUCACCGAUAGCAACACGUUCAUCAUCAUCAUCCAGCAGGACGGCGAAGUAAUCACCCAAUCGACGGUUAAGUAGGCAGGGAAAAAACGUGGAAGGUGGUCACAGUCGCAUCAACAAACGCUUCGAGGGUAAAUGUUCACACGAAUAGCAGUAUAAACCUUCUACUGUAUGGGGCGUGCGGUUGCAUAGCUGUAGGCGCAUUUUUUUGUUGACAGUUUUAAUCGUUUGUUAGGCAACGAAUCGUUCGGGCACAUUUCGAGCGGUGUAGUUGAGGGUCGAGCAGAUUCGAGUAGGGCAGGCAUGGCUUUUCGCUAACACUUGGAUGAAUGGUGGAAAUCGUGGAAAUCAACUAAUUGUGAUGGUUUUUUUGAGACUGAAAUCACUUUACAAAAGGCGAAAAAAAAAAAUUCUUAAAGCCUAAGAUCUGUUUCUAAGAAAUUUAAAGCAUUUUUCGUUUAUCAUCCACCGGCACGGGGACAAACUUUUUCUUCAUAAACAAACAAAAUUGGAACCCGGGACGAUGCAUACAACUUAUAUGCAUCGUCCCGGGCGACGAUUUGGGUUGUAUAUAAAGUUUGCCACUGCUUUCGUGCCGGUGAAUAAUAAACAAAAACGCUAUUAGAGAGUUUUGUAAAGGAAUUUGAUAAAUCAGUAUACUGCUUGUCUAGCAAACUUAGAGACCAGUUUGCAAAACUUUUUUUUAAUUUGAAAUAAGUUUUCUCUUUUUAAGACACAAUUUCGACAUUUGAUUUAGAAAUAUUUUAUGAAUUCAAAACUUUAUGUAAUUCAAUUUUGAACUGUCAUAUAACUGGGAAAAGUAGGAAAUAUUCGGUCUUCUGAAAAAUUUCAUGCUUUAGAUUUUCUUAUAUUUGCUUGACUACCUCUAAGUAUAACAACCUCAGGUCAUUGACUUCAAUAAAAAAAAAAUUCGAGCAGUUUGAUUUGAGAAUUUUAAGCAAUUUCCUCUGUUCCAAAAAACAAUUGUUCAUGAGGUUAAACUAAGUAACUGAUCGAAUAUAAGACAAAUUUUAAUAUUUUUUAAAUUUUCCGAAGGCUCUUAUUAAAACAAUUGUUGAUUUUCGAGAGACAUAUAGAAAGGACAAAUCUGAUCGGAAACCAAUUCAACAUUUAUUGUUUAAUACAAAUUUUAAGAAUUCAAAAAAAAACUACAUGGGUAACUGUAUCGCUGGUCCAAACAGCUGGUUCAAACGCAAAUUUCGAGACAAGCAAACCCACAGGUGGUCCAUUAUACCAGUUUCAACUCAACUAUUUUUAGAACUGGUAUAAGGAUUGGUCCAAAACUGAUGAGAAUUGGACCUAAUUUGACGCAGUUCUAAAUAUUGUGACAGUUAUUGGAACACGAGUGGGGUUGCCAGUUUUUUUAUUGGAUUGGAAAUAAUUUCGUUGGUCCAAUUCUUACAUAUUGUUGCUGAAUCCACAAACUGGAGUUAUCGUCAACAUCAAUGACGGCGAAAUUCACUGACGACUUUUCAUGUUGCCCAGACAUCUAUCAAACAUCUUCCAAAUGUCGAAACCAAACAAAAGAGAGGGUUGCCGAGGUGUUUGAUGAAUUUUUCGCCGUCGCUGGUUGGCAAGGUUGCCAAUCACCAGCACGAAAACUUCAGAUUUCAACAGCACUGGCAAUAAUCAGACCUAAGAAUAGACAUACAGCUCCAAGAUAGCAAAAAAUGAAAAAAAAUGUAAAAAUAUAUGCUCGAUAUUGAGAUCGGAAAUUUAUUUAUUUAAUUUAAAGUUUUUGUAUGUCAAAAUUUUGAAAAAGAAAACUACUCGAUUUUUUUACAAAAAAAACAUGAAAACUGUCAGUGCAUUCUCGAAUGCAAGAUAAAUUUUGACAGCCUUAAAAAUGUUCGAAAUCUGUUCGACAUUCUAAAGCGUUUAUUUAAACAUCUUUUUGAUCGAAUCUAAUAAAAUUUACGAUUUCGAGUAAAAUUCACUAAAGCACUUCAACCAAUCGCUAGCAAUCAAUCAUGCCUUCGCUCAACCCGAAUCGCAAAGCUUGAUCUAAAUGUUAUUAGUAAGUUUAAUAAGUUAGUGAAAUGUUGCUAUUUGAAGGCAAAAAAACACACACACACAAACACACAGAGCAAAAGAGAAGAAAAACACACACUCACGAAUGCGAACACACGCGAUAGUAGUUGUUGAUGUAAAUGAAUUUAAUGAUUGUUAUAUUAUUUUAAAGUUUUAAUUUAUAUCUCUUUACUUUACUAUUUUUUCCGUUUUCGCGUAUCGUCGUCGUCGUCGUCUUUUUGAAGAAGUUUUUAAUUUAAACUGAAAGUUGAUAAAAAAAAAUCAAAAGAAAACAAAAGAAUGAUGUAAUUUGUAGUUAAUCUUUAUACACACUCACAGAUACACACACUGUAGCGUGAUAAGUUUAGUUUUUAAGCAACACAACUACAUCAAAAACAACAGAUGAAAAACAAAACCGAUGAAAACACAUACAAACACACACACACGUUAACACAAAAAUCGACUGUACAUUUUUUUAAGGAUAGUAAUCAUUUUUUUUAAUGGUACGUAAAAUAUUGUUUCUGUUGAUUGUUCAUGUUCUGUUUUUUUUUUUUAAAAUUUUGAAUUAGCGUUUUUUUUCUGUUUUAAAUCGAAUCCCUUUUUUCGUCUCUUUCGGUUUCAUCCACUGGAAAUGUGCGCUCCUUCUGACUUUGAUUUUAUUUAUUUUUUCUUCAAACGCGGCACACGUACAAAUUCGUAGUUGUUGUUCGUUGUUGAACACACACACACAAGCGUAGGUAGACGGGGAGGAAAGCCGAAGAUAAACACGACGAAGUGAGGUGGGACUAAGAAGAAAAAUAUUUGUAAAAAGUUGAACUUUGAUAUCGAAUUAACUAGAGAACAGAAAAUUUAAUUAGGUCAAAACUGAGAAAACAUAGGAAAACAGUUUAAGAGAGCUGCGUAGGGUUUGUUUUUUGAGGUUUCAAAGCAGAUGAGGAACGGAAAAAUUUAGGAGAAACGCGAGUAUUAACUGCAGCGGGACGGAUUGAAGAGAAAAUGAUAUAAAAUGCAAAAUUAGAAUCUCUCUCACACACAUACACACAAAAAAUACAAAAAAAAGAUAAAUACACAAACAAACAAACAAACACUUACACACACACUCUGUGAAUCAUUAUGAGUUCUGAGUUUUUAGGUAGGACAAUUUUCCAUUUUUGUUGGAAAAGUAAAAAAUAAGACAAACCUGAUGAGGUUUUCUUUCGUUCGAUGUUCUUUUAAUUUUAUUCGGUUUUCCAUCUCCCGUACUAGUUUAAAAUUACAUGUUGUGUACUGGAAAUGUUGAAGUUUAUUUUGUACAGGUUUCGAAAUUUGUAAGCAAAUUAGGAUGAAUUUUGGAACAAAACAUACAAUUCAAAUUGGAAACAUUAUGAAAGCCAGCGUUUGGAAAAACAGUAUUAGAUAAGCAAGAACAAACCCUAGAGGAGAAAUGAAAACAAAAGAGAGGAAAUUUAAAGACUUGAACCAGUUUUACGAACGCUCGCGAACAUAAAUAAGGUGACUUUUGUCGUGGAUAUAGGAGAAUUUACCACCCAAUUGGCGAGUUUAAAAGAGAAAAAACAAAUGUCUGUUAGUAAUGUUCCCGUUAAGAUUUGGUUCAGAUUUUUAAGAGAAUCAUAUUAGGAAGUUUAGCCAAUAAGGGUCUCGUAAAAAUCUGGAUCCAAAACCACACAUUUAAUGUACUUUUUUUUUUAAUUUGUUUUACCAGACCAGUUUGAACAUAACCCAGUUAUCUAUUGAUGAACGCGUUCCUUUUCGAUUAGGCUUAGCAUCUUCGUUUAGGAACUGAUGCUGAUUUUUUUUCCGGUUUGGUAAAAGCUAACAGCCUCCAGACAGAGUUGAACGAGUCCAGUUGAUUUAACCCUCUUUAAACGCACGCAUACAUACACACGUUAGUGUUUUUACCCAAAAGACUAAUAUUACUGAGAAUCAAAAAUUAAUUUUUAGGAAAAAGUUACUAGUGGAAGAAUAUAGGAUGCAGGAUUUAACAAAAAACUAAGUAAAAAUCUCUCUAUCUCUUUCUCUCCAAACACUCUGACGAAUUGGCACAUUGUACGAAAAUCUUCAGCCGCUUUCCGUCUCACGGAAAGUCGGCCCAACAAAUGAGAAUAAACCCGAAAACUGAUAAUUAUUACGAAAACAAAACUACCCCUCCAUAGAAAAUUGUAAGGAAAUACAAAAAUAAUAACACACAAAGAAAAAAUCGUACUGAUUAUAGCGUUAGGUUCUUUUUCUACAUUUUUUCGGGAUUAAAUCGUACCAAAUAAAACGAGUAAAACAUACAUACGAGCGAAACCAGAAGAUGCAAGUUUUUCGAUCAAUUCGGCUACAUAUUUGAAGCAAGGAUAAAACGCUGAGCAGAAACAGCAGGUUCGGAGAAGGAAGCAGAAGAGAGGCGCGCGCACUGAUUUACUAACUAGGGAAAUUAAAACAGAAACGAUGAAUACUGAAGUCUCUUAAAAACAAUCUUCGUUUAGUAGUCUAUAGAGUUAUGGUUCCGAAAGACUUUGUGUAGACACAGCUUCGGCAACCUUUUGCUGCCUCUCGGUAACUCUCGGAGAGAGAUCUGAUACGGACUGCACGCACACAGACGAAAACACACACUCUGACACACUCUCACAACAUUUCUACAAACAGACAUAAACAAAGGAAUGAUCUCCGGAAGCCGAAAGGUGUGGCCAAGUGGUUUGUCUCAAAAAUGUCGACACACAGCCCAUCACAGGAGAGAGCAUGUAGUAGUUCAUCGCUCAGUUGGGAACCGUUCACGAAGAGAAACCGAAACGAGGAAAACCAAGGAACGUUACACAGUCCGCAGUCCUUUUUUUUAUUGGCAACUGCGGCUAGGAAAAUGAGAACUUAUAAAUGUAUGGGUGCUUCUAUAUAUAUAAAAGAAUGAUAAAAUUAUAUAUAUAUUUAAAACAAACAAACAGAAAAUACAAAAGUAUAAACUAAAACAAUUGCAGAAGAAUGUUUAAAUUAAUGAAACAAACACACACUCACACACACGAACGAAAACAUACGAAAUCUGAAAUCUGUAAAGUAAACAAACAAAAAACGGAAAACAACAACAUAAACACAGAGGAAGAAUUAUAACACAAAUACACAUACACAAAUGUUGAAACGUAAAUCGAAUAUAUAUUAGAACGGUGGAUGAGCCAGCAGUUUUGGACGCACUGGAUAAACCAAUACGAUUGAAGCAGCAAUAGCAACAGAAAUUUCCGAACCCUUUUGAAAGCUCUGGCAUUGACUGCCGAAUGAUAAAAACGUAGAAACCAACAAAAGAAAACUAAUAAAAAAAAAUUAAACGAUCGCAUCCGCAAAUUCGACUGCCACGAGUUUGAAGCUGCUCGUUUGUCCCCGUUUUCUUUUCAUGAAUGUAAGAAUUAAUUGCCUUAAAUGAUAUAUAUAUAUUACAUAAUAUACAAUAUAAAAAUUAUAUUUAAAACAAGAGAGAAAAAAACAACCAAGAACAGCAGAUGCAAAACAAAACAACACACACAAACAAAGUUAUCGGUUCACUCCUGCUGAGAUCAAAAGUUUGGUCCCAGAAGAAAAAACUCUGUUCUCUAUCUCUCUGCGCCGAAGACGAUACAAACAAAGCAACCCGAAAGAGAGAGAGCGCAGAAAAAUGAAGCGAAACAGAACGCAACACGGUAGCAAAGUUGCCGAAACAGAUACAGAGACGACAAGUAGGCGGACAGACACGCUGGUAACACGUUAGAGAUAAUAUUGAAUUUUUUUGCUAAUCAUAAACAAACAAAAAAUUCAAAGGAGUAAAAUUCGUCAUUACGAUACUAGUAAGGAUAGUUAUCUAAAUUCUAUACAUAAAUAUAACACAAUAAUUUUAAGCGCUGCAAAGUCAGCGGGCAAGCAAAGUGAGGAAAAACAAGAAGAAAUCUAUUAUAAUUUAAUUUAAUUUAAUUAAAAACAAAGCGAGAGAAGAAAAUUAAAAUGAUAAAAGCGCAUACAGCAGAGGAACAGCAGAAAGUAUAAAUAUUACAGUGGAAGAAUGUAUGCGCGUUUCUUGCGUAAAUUUUUACGCAACCCAGAACGAGCUAUUGUUGAAUAUAAAAACAAAAAACAAGCAAAAGUUAAAUGCAAAACAAACAAAAAAAAACAGAACUAGAGAAAAUAGCGAAAUUCGGGUAGGUUUUAAGUUUCACUGAACAUUAUAAUCUAUUAUACAUAAAAACAAAAACUAUAUUGAACGAUUAAUAAACUGAUUAAUCCUUA